AUGACCAUCUCUGAGCUCACUUGCAUCUAUUCUGCUCUCAUCUUUCAUGAUGAUGAGGUUAUGGUCAUUAAAGGAGCAGGUAUAAAUGUUGAACCGUUCUGGCCUGGAUUAUUUGCAAAGUCCCUGAAAAAUGUAAACAUUGCAAGUCUCAUCUGCAAUGUAGGAGUUGGUGGACCUACCCCAGCAGCUGGUGGUGCUACCCUGCUGGAAGUGCUGUUCCUGCUAGCACAGCUGCCCCAGCUGAGGAGAAGAAGAAAGAGGAAGCAAAAGAAGAAGAAUCCGAGGAGUCUGAUGGUGACAUGGGCUUGUUCUUUUUGA